GCGCCGUGCGCUCUGCGAAUGCGGGCGGCACUGCGCGGGACGGAUGACAGUUUGCGGUAGUUUGCGGCAGGAAGAGGGUGCAGUGAGUUAUCAUCGUUGUGUGUCGGCGUUCCACGGCAUCUUCGCGUGCUCGUGCGAAAACCGGGCAGCGAUAGUAUCUCGGAGGAAGAUCGCGGCCGCGAGUGAGAUAACGGAACAUAACCUCGCGCGGUGAAUACAUAUUGUACGCGACGGGUCGCCGCGCGAUUAAAUGAGACGGGGCAGUAUCUGAGCAAGUACCGCGUUCCGUGUGCGAGCAUGUCUACGCAUGCCACCCUGGACGACGACUGUGUCUCGUCGAGGCUGCAGAGUCUGCGGUUGACGAAUCACCGCGAGGACGAGCGCGACGCGACGGAGAACAGGGCGGGCGACCUCACGAGGUCGACCGGCAGCGACGGAGGCGCCGGGCCGUCAUCGUCGUUUCCGUCCUCUUCGCGAGGACCGUUGCGAAACAUCACCGUCGCGGACAUCAUGUCGCAGACGCGACGCGCGCUCAAUUUCGUCGGCGACGAGGAUCAACCGACGAGCUCGACGGUCGCGCGAAACGACGCGUCCAUCUCGAACGGCGAUAACCGACCGCCUACUAAUGCGGCGAACACGUCGUAUUUGGAGGGACGACCGCAGAGCAACGUUGUUCUGGAGAACUUGCCUGCGCAGGGUCAGCCCUCGACAGUCAUGUACAACUGGCAGGGUACAAAGGCGACGAUGCGCGAGAGAAUCGCGUUUCUCUUCAACAAUGAGAUACUGUCCGACGUGACUUUCCUGGUUGGGAGAGGGGCGCAGCAGCAACGCAUACCAGCCCACAAACUAGUCUUGUCCUGUGGAAGUGCCGUGUUCGACGCAAUGUUCAACGGAACGCUCGCGACAGCUUCCUCGGAGAUAGAAGUACCUGACGUAGAGCCAACUGCUUUUUUGGCGGUGCUACUUUUUUUAUAUACCGAUGAGAUACAAAUAGAUCCUGAAACUGUGAUGACGACGUUGUACACCGCGAAGAAGUAUGCGGUGUCGGCUUUGGAGAAGCAUUGCGUCGAUUUCUUGAAGACCAAUCUAACCAGCGACAAUGCCUUCCUGCUGUUGACGCAGGCUCGUCUGUUUGACGAGCCGCAAUUAGCCUCGGUCUGUCUGGACACGAUAGACAGGUUUACGACUGAAGCCUUCAACGCGGAUGGAUUCACGGACAUCGACAUCGACACGUUGAUGAUAGUCUUGGAAAGGGAUACUCUUCAUGUCAGAGAAUCAAAACUAUUUCAGGCCGUCCUAAGGUGGUCAGAGGCUGAAUGUGUUAGACGACAGUUAUCAGUCACUCCGGAGAAUCAGCGUUUGGUUCUAGGCAACGCUCUGUCGUUGGUUCGCUUCCCGCUCAUGUCGAAGGAAGAAUUUACGGCGGGUGCGGCACAAUCGGGGUUGUUAAAUUAUUCCGAGAUCCUGUCUUUGUUUUCAUAUUUCAUAUUGAAUCCGAAACCUUCAGUGGAAUUUCAAACGGUGCCGCGAUGUAGCAUAACAGGCAAGGAGCAAACUGUGUGCAGAUUUCAGCAUACCACAAGCGAGUGGGGAUAUUUUGGAACCAGCGAUCGUAUUCGAUUUAGCGUGGACAAACGUAUCUUUCUUAUCGGCUACGGAGUUUACGGCAGUAUGCAGAAACCAGCGAUAUACGACGUGACAAUGGAACUGAUUCACACCGCGUCCGGGAAAGUGAUAGCUAAGAAUACAACAAGUUUCAGCUGUGAUGGAUCCAAGUAUACGUAUCGGAUAAUGUUUAAAGAGUUAGCGGAAAUCUUGCCAAAUACGAUUUACACAGCGUCAGCAACCUUCAAGGGGCCACUAUCCUAUUACGGCAUAAAGGGAUUGAAAACGGUGUUAAUGGAUUACGAUUCGGGAAACGGGAAAGUGAAAUUCGAGUUUAGCAGCGAGAUGGGAGAGAACAACGGCACAUCCAUCGAGAAAGGUCAAAUUCCUGAGCUUAUCUUCUAUACGUAAUAUCUUGAUGUAAAAUGACAUUCCUCGUACUUGCUUGACUGUCCAUAAGGAUUCAUUCAAUUGGUAGACUGUAAAAGUACAGACUGUGGUUUUGCCGAGUUUUGUCAAUUACACAUCUUGUGAUCGUUCAUAGAGUAGCGAUUUAAUUUAAGUGAUCCACUGGCGUGCUAAAGGAAUUAAUACGAAGGAAUAUUCAAGAUUCUCUCAUAAUUUUGGUUGAACAAUAUUGAUCAAUAAAUUAUUAUAUACAUGUACAUUACGAUCUUUUUCAGCAAGUAUUAUGGAAUAUAUUCCUUGUCUUUCAGAACUUGGAUAUUAAAAUGAUUUCAGCAUAUAUCGGCUAUAGCCAAUGUUAAUUAUUAAUUAAUUGUACAAGCAAGAGGUCAGAAACGGAGAUGUACAAUCUAUUUUUCUAUCGUUUUAAUUGAGAUCUGUGCAAACCAAAAAUAUAGUUAUAUAAUAAUGUUAAAUAAUCUUUAACUAAGUACACAUACAUACACGUACAACUGAGAUCAUCAUCUGUACAUUUUAAUUUUGCCUAAAUAUUUUGCUCGGGAUAUGUGUACGUUAUGUGACAUCAUGAGACAUUAAGCGAAUGGCACUUCAAUGCAAAGACAAUUGCUGCAAUAAAGCCUAAAGUAUGUUGAAGUAUUUUUUAGUGAAAGUUGGUAUAUUUUGAUAGUCGCAUUGCGCAGAGCAGUGUAGAUCUUGUAGAUUAUGUUGCCGUAAUUUAACGAAAAAUUAAUAUCGAAUAAGAGUAACAAAUAAGAAAAAAAAAACUAUCUUGAAAUCGAUUCUUCUCUCUGACAAAGCAACAUUGAUUUACUUAUCGGAACUCCACUUCUAAUACAGAAUUUAACAUAUUUCUGUAUUCGAUCAAAGAAAAUAUUUAAAGUUUGGCCUUUGUUAACAAAAAUUACUCUAGUUAAUAAUGUUAUUCUUAGCGCUUUUAGAGAUGAACGUACGUAUGUACCAACUCGAUACUUUUCUUGGAAUAGCAUAUACAUACGAUUUUUAUUUGUGAUUAUAUUUAAUACUGUGAAAAGUGUAUAUUACAAUGUUACAUAAAUAAAGAAAUUAUUCCAUAAUA